UCCACCCAAGAGAGAACCCAUCUUUCAAAAUCAUCAGCUUUUCCCAUUAUCCAACCAUGAGCCUCAUCAGUGACCAAAGUCCUGCUUCAGAUGCCACCAUUAUUUGCUUCACAGAGGAGCAAGAAGCUUUGGUGGUGAAGUCAUGGAAUUCAAUGAAGAAGAAUUCUGGAGAGUUGGGUCUUAAAUUCUUCUUGAAAAUAUUUGAGAUUGCACCAUCAGCUCAAAAACUGUUCUCAUUCCUGAAAGACUCAAAGGUUCCCCUAGAGAAGAACCCAAAGCUCAAGUCCCAUGCUAUGGCUGUUUUUGUUAUGACUUGUGAAUCAGCUGUUCAACUUCGAAAAGCUGGCAAAGUGACAGUGAGAGACUCUACCCUGAAGAAACUAGGUUCUGUUCACUACAAAUCUGGUGUACUUGAUGAACACUAUGAGGUUACAAAGUUUGCAUUGUUGGAAACAAUAAAGGAAGCAGUUCCUGAAAUGUGGUCACCAGAAAUGAAGAAUGCAUGGGCACAAGCUUAUGAUCAGUUGGUUGUUGCUAUCAAAUCAGAGAUGAGGCCGUCCUCUUAGACGUCUGCGAUCUAAUCAUCUAUGAAAUAAGACUGAAUAAAUGUAUUGAUACACAGGAGCUGUUUGUUUGGUUGUUUUUUUGGCUUAUUCAUUAGGUGCUGGAAUAAAAUCUUUGACAAGGUCUUAGUAUUUGUUCAUAGUUUUGAGAACUGAGUUACUAUUAUUGUUCUGUUUUGUUUGGUUGAAAGGAAAGAAAAUUCUAAGAUUC